AUAUACACAUAACAUUCACAGGCGCUUCUCUUCCCUCUCUUGCUCGAGCUUUUAGCCUUUGGUUUCUACGGGUAACCUCUUUCUCUUCCCCCGGAAACUAUUUCUAUCUUCACAAAGACAUAAAGAGAUACAGAUAGAGAGAGAGAGAGAGGGAUCCAAACCAGAAGCAAACCUUGUCCGUUUGCUUCCUCUUUCGCGUGAAAGAUUCGUAUCCCUUUUUCUCCGGCAAACUCAGGGCGGCGAUCCACUCUCCUCUCUCGCUUUCUAUGGUACAGUGAAUCUCUGUUAUUGUGUUAAAUUCAUAUAUAAUCAAAAAGAGAUGAAGAGGGUUAGAGAAGAAGUUUACGUUGAACCUCAUAUACGAGGAGGACAUACUGUUUCGUCUCGAGGAGAAACAAAUGGUAAGCCUCUGACGAUUGGUGGAGGAGGAAACAUGGGAGGAGGGCUGACAACAGGUGACGCCUUGAGCUACCUCAAAGCUGUGAAAGACAUGUUUCAGGACAAGAAAGACAAGUAUGACACUUUCCUUGAAGUCAUGAAGGACUUUAAAGCUCAGAGAGUUGAUACUAAUGGUGUCAUAGCAAGGGUAAGAGAGUUGUUCAAGGGAUAUGACGACUUACUUUUGGGUUUUAAUACCUUCUUGCCCAAAGGGUACAAGAUAACCCUUCCUGAGAAGAAGGCAGUUGAUUUUGGAGAAGCUAUUGAGUUUGUUAACAAGAUCAAGGCGAGAUUUGGGAGUGAUGACCGUGCAUACAAAAAGUUUCUAGACAUCUUGAACAUGUACAGAAAGGAAAGCAAGUCCAUCUCUGAUGUCUAUCAAGAGGUUACUCUGUUGUUCCAGGACCAUGAAGAUCUGCUUGCGGAGUUUGCCCAUUUCUUACCUGAUAAUUCAGGCUCAGGUUCUGCUCAUUACCCUCUGUCCGGAAGGAACGCAGUACAAGGUGCUCCAGCUCCUGCCAUGCAUCUAAGGAAUUUUGAGAAGAGAAUAAAAGUACGGAAUGAGUAUACAGAACACUCGGAUCAACGAGAAGAUGGUGACGAGAACCUUGUGGCUUGCUCUGCUCGUAAUUCUCUGGGAAGAUACCAGAAGGUAGAGGACAACGAGGGUAUUCAAGAUUAUGAAAAUGGCAGUAAAGAGAAUGGAAGUCACAAAAUUCUACUAUCCUCCAGCAACCAUGUGGCCAAGGGUAUUAAUGAACUGGAUCUUUCCGAGUGUGCACAAUGUUCUCCAAGUUAUCGUCUCCUUCCAGAUGAUUAUCUUAUUCAGAUCCCAAGCUACAGAAAUAAACUAGGUGAAAAGGUACUUAACGAUCACUGGGUAUCUGUCACAUCCGGGAGUGAGGAUUACUCAUUCAAACACAUGCGUAAAAACCAGUAUGAAGAGAGCUUGUUUCGAUGCGAGGAUGACAGGUUUGAGUUGGACAUGUUAUUAGAGUCUGUGAACGCAGCCAUUAACCGUGUGGAAGCUCUUCUUGAGAAGAUCAACAACAACACAAUCUCUAUAGAGACACCAAUCUGUAUCAAAGAACAUUUAUCAGAGCUGAACCUAAGAUGCAUUGAACGGUUGUACGGGGAUUAUGGGCUUGACGUGAUGGAUUUUCUGAAGAAGAAUUCUCAUAUCGCCUUACCGGUGAUACUAACUCGCUUGAAGCAGAAGCAAGAAGAAUGGGCUAGGUGUCGCUCUGAUUUUAGGAAAGUAUGGGCUGAAGUAUAUGCUAAGAAUCAUCACAAAUCACUAGAUCACCGAAGCUUCUAUUUCAAGCAGCAGGACUCCAAGAAUCUGAGUACAAAAGGUUUGGUGGCAGAAAUAAAAGAUAUCAGUGAUAGAAAGCAUAAAGAAGAUCCACUUCAUGCCAUUGCUGUGGGAACUAAGCCCUCCUUUACUCCAGAUGUGGAGUUCAGUUACACUGAUACACAAGUUCAUGCUGACCUAUAUCAACUGAUCAAGUACUACUGUGAAGAGGUAUGUGCUGCGGAACAGUCGGAUAAAGUAAUGAAGCUGUGGGUAAGCUUUUUGGAGCCCAUGUUUGGUGUUCCUUCUAGGUCUCAGACUGAUGAGACAAUGAUGGAUGUUGCAAAGUCCAAGGACAACCAAGAGCAGCGUGAGGCGGUGAAAGACAACAACACCUGUGACGGUUCUCCUGUCUCAAACCUUAAACCGCUAACACCUCCAAAAACACCCAAUAAAGACAAUGAUAAACUGCAUGCUGGUGCAGCUAUGACUAGUGUAGAGAUUCGUAGUAAGGUUAGUGAUGUAUCAAUGGGAGAGCAUAAGGUUGAGCGAGAAGAGGGUGAGCUAUCUCCCACCGGAAGUUUUGAGCAUGACAACUCUGAGGUUCAUAGAGACAACGGCAUGGAGUCUGUGCAGAAACUGCCAGACAAUGUAAGAAGUAAUACUUCCCCUGAAGAUGGUGGAAGUAAAACUACUCAAAAGUUAUCAGAGGCGAAUCAAAACGCCUCUAAAGUUAUUGCUUCAGGAAGCAAGUUUGUUGGCCAAGUCUCUGUAGAUGAAGAGCAUAAAGGAGCUAUGAACUGUGACGAGGCUUUAAUGGUUAACUCAAGUGUGGGUGAAGAUGGAUCCGUUUUCAAAUUGUCAGAACGGUCUCUGCAACCUGUAAAGCCCCUUGCAAAGCAUGUUCCUGUGACACUACAAGUCAGUGAAAGUAACUCCCCGAAUGAUUCUCGAGUUUUCUAUGGGAAUGAUUCAUUUUAUGUCCUCUUUAGGCUUCAUCAAAUGUUGUACGAGAGAAUACUAUCUGCAAAGAUACACUCACAGAGGAGAUGGAAAGCUCCAGAUCCAGAUAAUACAUCUCCUGAUUCUUAUUCCAGGUUCAUGGAUGCCCUCUAUAAUUUACUUGAUGGCUCAAGUGAUAAUACAAAGUUUGAAGAUGAAUGCCGAGCUAUUAUUGGAGCACAAUCAUAUAUUCUCUUCACAUUGGACAAGCUAGUUCAGAAGUUUGUCAAGCAUCUUCAUGCAGUUGCAGCUGACGAGACAGACACCAGGCUACUGCAAUUACAAACAUAUGAAAGCUACAGAAAACCAGGAAGAUUCUUUGAGAUAGUGUACCAUGAGAACGCCAGAGCCCUUCUCCAUGAUCACAACAUAUACAGGAUUGAAUAUUCAUCUGCACAAAGCCGUCUGGCGAUUCAACUUAUGAACAGCGGGAAUGAUCAGCCUGAAGUUACAGCUGUAGCAGUGGAACCAGGUUUCGCAAAUUAUCUGCAGAAUGAGUUUCUUUCGCUUGUACCUGAUGAAGAAAAAAAGCCUGGUCUAUUUCUUAAGAGGAACAAGGCGAAAAUGAGCGGUCCAGAUGAAUCUUCAGGGUUGUCGCGUGCAAUGGAAGGUUUGAAGAUUAUCAACGAGGUUGAAUGUAAGAUAUCUUGCAGUUCUUCCAAGGUCAAGUAUGAACCAAACACAUCAGAUCUUUUGUAUAGAAGCAAGCAGAAGAAACCAAAACUGGAUCCAAACGGGCUUGAAAAUGAUGAAACUCCUAGUAAAAGUGAAAUCUCGAGAAAGAGAAGGAUAUCACGUUUUCACGCAAGUCUUAACCGUAGACUUGUUUCCUUGCCUUAAUAAAGCGGCUCCAAGCACAUUGUGCAGGUGUGUGAAUGUUCUUGGCUGAGAUAUGCAAGCAGAGCAUCAGUCAGUGGUAGAGACUAGAGACCAAAGUGUAUUUUUGACAAGGAUUCUUGCAUAGUUUUGGCUCAAAGAGUGUUUGCAUGAGAACGGUUUAUUUUCCUAAAUCUCGUCUGGAGAUGCCAGUUUUGGUGUGUAGUGUUAGAUUAUAUAUGUACCAGACAAUGCUCUUAUGUCGGGAGAUUUUUUAAUUCAUUUUAUUCAAACAAAUGCUGGAUGUUCCCUUCUAAUGUUAUGUUUCUCUUUCAAUAAAUCUUUUCGUAUU